AUGGGGUAUGAUAUAUCGCCUCAACCGACCGUCUCGAUCGGCUCGAGCGGAUCGACCUAUCUUCAACAUCCAUAUCAGCCUCCACCCCCACAUCACCAUCCUAGCUAUCCACAGCACACAUCCUCCCCCUCGCACUACCCAGCGGGGGAGCCUUACCCCAGCCCAGUUUCGGCACAGUACUAUUCGGCGGCCAAGUACGCGUCUCCCUCUCCUUCCCAUCAUUCGCCCUCGCCCUCGAAAUUCUCUCAGCAGCAGAACCAGGUGCAACCUGCCUACAACGGAGAGUGGGGUCAGCAGGCGGGUCCAUCCACCUACCGGAGGCCGAGUGGAAGUGAGAGGAGGAGGGAAGAGCGACCAGUAGAGCAUGAGGAUGGGCGGGUCGGCGUGGACGAUCCUUUUGGGGAAAGAUCCUAUACCGAGGUCAAGUGCCUCGGGGACGGCAGUUUCGGCACUGUAUGGCUAUGCGACUGGCAUUCGCCGGUGCGGGCGCAGACGUACCUCUCAGCCAUGCAGUGCGGAGCGGGUGCGAGGCCAGAGUGGUCGGGAAAGAAACUGGUUGCGCUGAAGAGGAUGAAGCGGGUAUGGGAGGGAGGAUGGGGAGAGGCGAAGAAUCUAGGGGAAUUGGCUUCCCUCCGCCUAAUACCACCUCACGACAACAUUAUCCCCCUCUACGACGCCUUCAUCUCGCCCAAAUCUCGCGAGCUCUACUUUGUAUUUGAGUGCAUGGAGGGAAACCUCUAUCAGCUCACCAAAUCGCGUCGAGGUCGACCGCUCGCAGCCGGACUCGUCGCUUCCUGCUUUCACCAGAUCUCUGCCGGACUCCACCAUAUCCACCUUCACGGCUACUUUCAUCGCGAUAUGAAGCCAGAAAACCUCCUCGUCACCACUACCGGCUUGACCGACUAUCUCACGGCGGCCACACUCAAUACCAUCAACGCGCGGGGUACGGAAGAGGUGGAGAUGCGGUAUGAAAAGGACGUCUCCGUGAUUGUCAAGUUGGCGGACUUUGGUUUAGCUCGAGCCACCAAUAGCAAACCUCCAUACACCGAGUACGUCUCGACCAGGUGGUACCGCGCCCCAGAGGUGCUACUGCGGUCGAGAGAGUACGGCCCGCCGGUGGACAUGUGGGCGCUGGGGACAAUCCUGGCGGAGAUGGUCAAUCUCAAACCCCUCUUCCCCGGUGUCUCCGAAAUCGACCAGGUCUUUCGGAUUUGCGGGACGAUGGGUGAUCCGUCGUCCGAAUACGGGCAUGAUGAGAGAGGACGGACCAUCGGCGGCGGAAGCUGGAACACGGGAAUCAAGCUCGCCAAGAAUGUCGGCUUCUCGUUCCCCAAGCUCAAGCCCGUUCACUUUCGGGGCCUGUUCAGCGAGAACGUCCCGCAGUCCCUAAUCGACUGCAUCUCGGAUCUCCUCCGGUACAACCCCCGCUAUCGGCUCACCUCGGCCGAGUGCAUCGAACAUCCCUAUUUUCACGAAACCCUUCCCCAUCUCCGUCAAACACCGCCCAUUCCCAGAGUACCCUUCUCAAAGGGUCAACCAGCUCCCGGCGCGCUACGGCAACCCGCUCCCAACCUCACAGCUCCUCCCCGGCAAAUUCCCCCAUCCCACUCCCAUCAAGCGAUGCCUCAACCCCCAACCCGCCCUGCUUUCGCGGACGGGGAUAUGCGUAUCCUUCCUCCGCCAAUCAGCACUCCGGACCACGGCUCUCGCUCGGGUUCGGGACGGCUAUUCUUCCCCCCACACGGCGAAGCGGACGGCAGAGUCUUUGGCGCCUCUGCGCUGGUCAAUCAGCUCCGGGAGCUGGACCUUCCUACGGAAGAUCUAGCAUCUUAUGGCGAUCGGCCGCCGCCUUUGGCGGGAGACAAGCGGUGGCAAGAAUCGCAUCCAGCGUACGCCACGCCCGACGGGUCUUCUGCGUCCGCCAGACAGCACACUCCCUCCAUGUCCGGCCUCAACAUUUCGGAUCAGCCGCGUACCAGGCCCACUCGGCCAUCUCGGGACGAGGUCGCGCAGUACGUCGAACGGCAGAACCAGUACGACACUGAUCCUCGUCGUGCCGGAUCGCAGGUACCUCCCCCCAUCGUGCCCAUCGAGUCAGCGCCGGUAUACAUGCCUCCUCCGCCCGCACCUGUCGGCGCCGUCAGCAAGAAGAAAAAGUGGGGUCUAUCCAGCGUCUUUGGGUCCAGCGAGAAGCACCUUCCGCCCGUGGAUGAGCAUACCGGAUACGCUGGGUCGUCGCUCAAGCGCACACAAUCUGGGAAUCAACCACGGCCGGUCGAUCCAGCUACAAUACUGGACCCCAAAAAGGCCAAGAAGGAGGCGGAGCGGCAAGCACGGGAAGUGGAAAAGCAGAAGCGCGAGGCGGCAGUGGAACGGCAAAAGGAGCGCGCGCGGGCGGUCAUGCAGAAGCGAGAAGGCGCAGUCAAGCAAGGGCAAGACUUUGAGUUGAAUGCGUCCUCAUCGUUCGAGCCUAGCAAGUUGACAAAUGUCAACAAUCUUGGCGUCGGCUCGUCGGCCAACCUCGGUCAGACGGCAUCGGGUUCCCGCGCGAGCCUCGCGUUGCCGCAUCCGGCAGGGCAGAGCGCUGUCAGCGUACACUCUCACGAGUCGGGCGGGAGUCAGAGCGUGUCCAUCGCGGCGUUGGCUCAGCGGGACAGAAUGGAGAUGGAGCGGGAUCCUCUGUACGGAGCUCGGCACAAGGCGAGGAGAAGGGAUGAUGAUCUUGAUCAUUCCAGAUCGAGCUUGGAUAUCAACAGCUUGAAGAGUCGGAGCGCCUUGACCAUUGGGACUAUAGAUAGCGAUCCCGGCCCGCGCCGAAAUUUCGAUCCCAUUCAUGAAGGCCAGUCCCGCCGACACGCCUCGCACUCGCUCAACAAGCCUGGAUCCCGAUCCGCUUCCAAAUCACGCUUGAUGUCUAUAUCGAAUCUGUCCCAAGACUCUCAGCUCGCCAACGACUUUAGGGUCCACGCCAAUGUCGGCUCUUCCUCCUCGACGAGUCUUGGUCGCCACGGACAGAGCAGCAUGUCACUGCACGGUCAAAGCGCGCUCAGCUUGCACGACCUCCCGCCUGUCCCGACGCAGUACCUCCAUCAUCACGGCUCUACCGAGAUGUUUUCCCAGACACAAGGCUCUGCGCCCACCAGCCCAUACGGUCAUCCAACAGGCACGGCGGUGGCGAUGGGUCAGGGAAUAGGACGGGACUAUGUGCAGCAGGGCUUGCCUCCUAUCAACGACUGGGAGGGGCAGGGUUUGAUCAAUCCGAUGUUUCGACGGGCUGGCCAGACGAAUACUCUACCCCCUUUUGCAGCCCUAGCCAGCGUGGCGGAUAAGCAACGGCCUCCACCACAUCCUUAA